CUAUGAAAGUACAUUGGCUCUUCUUCCGUUCACGAUGUGAAUUAAAAACCAAUCACAAAUGCACACAUUUUCUCAUAUUUUAUAUAUAGAGAGAGGGAGAGUGCUGAACUUGUUAGCCUUGGCUGUUACAAAUUCUACUCCGAUGAAUAUGAUGGACUUGUCCUAAUAAACCAAGGAGUUGUUUUGAUAAUGAAGAUCAAACUUGACAUAGUUUGUGCGGGGCAUUUGAAUGAUCUUGUGUUGAUUAUUUCUCGCCGAAUUCUAUUAGUCUCCAGAAAGUUUUGUGAAUAAUGUUGUCAGCGGUUCGUGAAAGAAUCAAUCAGAAGGACCGCCGAGCAACACUAAUUUGUAAUUAUAUAUCUGGAGCGAGGAUUCACUAAGAGCGGCAGCAGACCUAAAUAGCUACUGAGUUGUAGUCAUUUAUUCAUUCCAAUGGAGGAUUUAGUUUCGCCUACGUCCCAGAAAACAUCUCGUAAAUGUUCUAAUCAGAGUAAGGAUCUCUGGUUGGUUGUGCGAGAGGGCUCUGUACCUGAUGUAGAUUCAGCCUUGGUGAUGCUACAGAAAAAUGGUGGGAACAUUAAUGCAAAGAACCUGUUUGGGCUCACUCCUUUGCAUAUUGCUACUUGGAGGAACCACAUACCAGUUGUAAGAAGGCUUCUUGAAGCUGGUGCAGACCCUAAUGCAAGGGAUGGGGAAUCAGGGUGGAGUAGCCUUCACAGGGCUCUUCAUUUUGGACAUUUAGCAGUUGCUUGUGUCCUCCUCCAGUUUGGUGCCUCGUUGAUACUGGGGGAUUCGAAAUCUAGAACGCCGGUUGAUCUCAUAUCUGGGCCUGUACUGCAAACUAUUGGCAAGGAAAACAGUUCGGUAACUACGGAGGUCUUCAGCUGGGGCAGUGGGGUAAACUAUCAACUUGGAACUGGAAAUGCGCACAUCCAGAAGUUACCAUGCAAAGUCGAAUCUCUUCAUGGCUCAUUUAUCAAAUCUAUUUCUGCUGCAAAGUUCCACAGUGUGGCAGUUAGUGCAUGUGGGGAGGUUUACACUUGGGGAUUUGGAAGGGGUGGUCGCCUAGGGCAUCCUGACUUUGAUAUACACGGUGGUCAAGCUGCAGUCAUCACUCCUCGUCAAGUGACAAUGGGUUUAGGUGCACGGCGAGUUAAGGUUGUUGCUGCUGCUAAACAUCACACUGUUGUUGCGACAGAGGGUGGAGAAGUCUUUACUUGGGGUUCCAAUAGAGAGGGUCAGCUUGGCUAUACUUCUGUUGACACACAACCCACUCCUCGUAGAGUCAGUUCCUUGAAGGCAAGAAUAAUGGCUGUUUCUGCAGCAAAUAAACACACAGCAGUAGUUUCAGAGGCUGGUGAGAUAUAUACAUGGGGUUGCAAUAAAGAGGGCCAACUUGGUUAUGGCACAUCUAACUCAGCUUCAAAUUAUAGCCCGAGGGUAGUGGCAUACUUGAAGGGUAAACACCUUGUUGGAGUCUCUGCAGCAAAGUACCACACAAUUGUUUUAGGGUCUGAUGGGGAGGUAUUCACUUGGGGUCAUAGACUUGUUAACCCUAGACGUGUAAACAUUGCUAGAAAUAUAAAGAAAGCUGGAAAUACUGUACUGAAAUUUCAUCGCAAGGAACGUCUUACUGUUGUUGCCAUAGCUGCUGGGAUGACACACAGCAUAGCGCUUACAGAUGAUGGUGCAUUAUUCUACUGGUCAUCUUCAGAUCCUGAACUUCAGUGUCUCCAGUUACAUUCACUAUGUGGGAAAGGGAUAACUAGCAUAUCUGCAGGCAAGUACUGGACUGCUGCAGUUACUGUGACUGGCGAUGCUUACAUGUGGGAUGGUAAGAAGGGACAAGAUUCUCCACCUACUCCAGCGAGGCUGCAUGGAGUGAAGAAGGCAACCUCGGUAUCAGUUGGAGAAACACAUUUGUUGAUCGUUAGCUCACUCUAUCAUCCAUGCUUUCUUCCCCAGUUGGCUACUAGUAGUCCGAAGCAAAAGGUCAAGGUUGAAUUAGAUGAACUGCGUGAAGGCUUCAUGUUUGAUGACGUAGAGGAUGAUGAUGUCUUUUCCAACAUGAAGGAUGACAUUGAACAUUCAGCACUACCUGGUUCUAGAAAUUCUUAUGAGAAGCCAAGUGUACCGAGCUUAAAAAGUCUUUGUGAAAAGGUAGCUGCAGAGCAUUUGGUUGAGCCAAGAAAUGCCAUACAAGUGCUCGAAAUUGCAGAUUCACUGGGAGCAGAUGAUCUCAAGAGACAUUGUGAGGAGAUUGUGAUUCGUAACCUAGACUAUAUACUGGCAGUGGCAGUGCAAACUUUUAUUGGCACAUUAUUUGAUAUUUUAAUUGAUCUUGAGAAACUUCUAGACUUGAAGUCUUCAGAGCCAUGGAGUUGUCGUCAACUUCCUACACCCACUGAAAUUCCAGCUAUUUUAAAUAGUGAAGAUGAGAAUGUUGAAGAUGAUACACUUAGGACACGCAAUGAUGGCACAGAGGGGCUAAACUUUUGCAAUGAGGGAACUCGUAGGUUAGAUGGUUUCUUACAAUUUGAUGAUGCUGCGGUGGAAGGUGUCCACAAAAGAAUCAGAGCUUUGAGGAAAAAGUUGCAGCAGAUUGAGCUGCUUGAGGAAAAACAAUCUAGGGGCCAUCUUCUCGAUGGCCAGCAGAUUUCGAAACUUGUAAUGAGAUCAGCACUGGAGAAUUCACUCGCUGAGCUUGGUGCACCAAUUGAAACUGUUCAUACAAAAGCAUCUUCUGUGGUAGAUGAAAGAGGAAGUAGAAAAGCAGAAUCUAGAAAACAAAGAAGAAAGAACAAAGGAAAGGCAGCCCAGAAGGAAGAAUGCUCUAGUAAAUUAGCCAUUGAUUCUGAACCAGGCAUCAUGAAGGGCUUCAAGGAUGCCAAGGUUGGUGAAGAGACCAAUAAGGUUCAGGAGAAAGCUGCAAAUUCUGGGAAUUUCAUGGUAAUUCACGGGACCAGGGUUCCAGAAUCUCAUAGUAAGAAAGCUGUAAAUAUUCCCCUAGAUGCGACUGUUGCUCCAACUGCAUCGAAGAAAAAGAACAGAAAAGGCGGGCUUUCUAUGUUUCUCAGUGGUGCUCUAGACGAUGUUCUAAAAAGUGUCGCUCCACCACCACCCGUGGUGAUGCCAAAAAGUGAGGGUCCUGCUUGGGGUGGUGCCAAAGCUUCUCGGGGACCAAAGUCACUUCGCAUUAUACAGGACGAGCAGAGCAAGACAGAGACCAAGCCCACAAAGAAGAAAGAGUCAGAAGAUCAUGCUGAAGGAAACAAUGGGAAACUCCCGCUACGCUCCAUCAUUUGUUCCUCUCCGAUAGCUAUGGCUCCUGCUCAAAAAGCAUCACUACCUGAUGGAGAUGGAAACACGCCACCUUGGGCGGCAUCUGGAACUCCACCAUCCCUUUCCCGUCCAUCUCUAAGGGAUAUCCAGUUUCAGCAGGGAAAAAAGCUGCAGCUGGGAGUUUCUCAUAGUCCACAGAAUAGCACCACUGGCUUCUCUGUGAUGAAUGGUCUGGGAUCACCAUCGGAGUCUGCUGGCUUGAACCGUUGGUUCAAACCGGAGGUCGAUGCUCCCUCAUCAAUUCGCUCGAUUCAGAUGGAAGAGAGGGCUAUUAAAGACCUUAGGCGCUUCUAUAGCAAUGUUAGGAUUGUAAAGAACCAGUUAUAGAAGGGAAGAUGUAGUUUUUUUUAUUUUGCUAGAAUCCUCUGUAAAUUUCAUUUUUUUUCACUUCCUAAGCUAGUUGCUUCCAAUUAGUUUCUUGGUUUCUGUUCGUUCCAAAGUAACAAAUUCAUGGUGUAGAUUUGCGUUUAAUAGAUGCUUAUCAACCAUUGAUGGCCUAUGCAUAGUUAGGAUUGGCCCAAUCUUUUUUAUUUGGAGCUGAACUUGUAUAAAAGUGGCCCAUUUUAGUUGGGACUUGAGUUCACCUGUACAAGUAGAAUGUGGUUAUUUUUUACUAUCAAUAAAGUUGAAGAUGUUGACUGGUUGUCCAGUAAUCAUAAGCUCCCCUGUUA